GGCUGCAGCUCUGACGCACAGCGAUGCUCGAUCUCCUCCAAGUACAUCACGUCUCAGUUGAUUCUUGGUUUCCCAAAGUACUCGCGGUUAUCAAAAGCAAUGCGUGCCUUGACAAUCCAGUCUUCACAAUCCACCCCUGCGCAAAGCCCAUACUGAGAAGCAUCUCGCCAUCGUACUGGGACAAUUGCAUUGAUACAUACAUGCAUCCGCAUCAGGAGUCUACAGCAACCCCAAAUGGCUCCCACCAAACCAGCCAGAGCAAGCUCAAGACUCGAAUCUCUCCCCGUCGAGAUCAUCCAGGAGAUCUUCCUGCACAGUCUGGAGGUCAACCUUCCGCGCGCAUCACCCCGUCUCGCGGAAGCUUUGUCCACGCCCGCGCUAUACACCUGGCUCAUCCGGCUCGCAUUCAGCAGCACCAACGCCAGCGCCGACACCCACUUCUUCACAGAGGACUUCCUCCCCCGGCCCCUCAACUUCUUCGCCCUGUCCCCAGUGGAACGCAGAGACCUGCAGACCACCCUCCUGGCCUGCCGCUGGUGCACCCUCCCGCUCAUCCGGCAGUGCCAACGCGACUACCUCCUGCACACGAUCCACCAGAAAUGCCAGCCGGGGAGGGACUUCCUCUUCUCGCAGCAGGACGAAGCCACCCUCCUCUCGUUGGAGGAGCACCUCUCCAGCCUCAUCCACCAAGCUGGCACCAGCAGUAGCCGCGACAGCAGCCCAGGAAAAGGCGACCUAAUCCUCCUUGCCCACCCCAACCCCAACCCCAACCCAUCAACCACCAUGACCAAACCCACGCCCAAACCCCACAGAAUAGCCCUCUACCUCCACCCCGGCGCCCUCCAAAUCCGCUCCCCAAACGACAUCUACUCCUCCAGCACCCCCUUCACAAGCACCACCACCUCCACGACCCCCAACACCUUCCGCCUCCCGACCUGCACCAUCCCCAGCCCCACCGGCACUCUAUCAUCACGCAUCCCCGACAGACUCCUAUCCUCCCCGUGGACGCCCCAGAACCUCGAGUUUUUGAGCCUCUUGGCGCCGGACGCGUACAUCGACGACACGCCGGCGCACGACCGGUCCCGGCGCGCACUGCGGCAGACGAUCCGGGCGCGGGAGUUUGACGCGUUUCAGACCCUCCUGAGAUUGAAGGUCCGAAUGCCGUGGUAUGAUUUCCCGGUGCCGUGGCCGGUCUCGGUGAAUCAUUUUUGCGCGGCGGUGAAGUACGCUUCUGGGCCCGGGGAUGGGUUUGUGAGGGUGUUGGUGGAGGAGAGGUUGGGGGAUGAUCGGGGAGAAGGUGAGGUUCCAUACUCUCGGGUACUACGUGUAUUUUGA